AAAAAAAUCGACUAGUUCUCAAACACCUACUGUUCAACAAUGUCGAAACGCCAGGCAGAUAACGACGAACUUAGAGAUUCCAGCAAGGCAGCAACCUUUUCCUCUGGUGAAACCUCUCACCGUACAGGUGCUGAAAUUGACGAAAUGGGCGAAUUUGAAGAUGCCUUCGAGGAUGAGAUUGAAGAAGACAUGGCCGAGGAAAUCGUCAACGACCAGAACAACGAAGAUAAUGAUGGUAAGUUUAGUAUCCACAUGGAGCGAAAUAGUGCUUGAUGUGAAUCAAGUUCUCGAUCCUGGUUAAAAUACACAAUACCCAGUUUAAAAUUGGAUCUGGUGGCUAAAGGCUUUUUAUGUUCCAGACAUGGAGGUUGACGAGAAGGAGGAGAAAGAUUUGGAAGUCUAUCUUCCAGGAAAAGCUCUUGGAAAGGAUGAAGUCCUCGAAGCUGAUCAAUCUGUAUACGAAAUGUUGCACAAACUCAACGUCGAAUGGCCAUGCUUAAGUUUCGACGUUCUUCAGGAUCGUUUGGGAGAUGAGAGAAAGACUUAUCCUGCCACUGCUUAUGUUGUUGCUGGUACCUCAGCACCCAACGCCAGAGAUAAUGAGCUUAUCGUAAUGAAAAUGUCUCAACUUCAUAAGACACAAAACGAUGAUGAGUCUGACGAUGAGGAUGCUGAUGGAGUCGACGAUGACGCCAUCUUGGAAAGCAGAUCCCUUCGCCAUAAUGGCGGUAUCAACCGUGUCAGAGUCAUGCCACAGCAAAAUGAAAAGAACAUCGCGGCAACAUGGUCUGAUACUGGUAAAGUCCACAUUUACGACGUUACCCCUUACAUAAACAGCCUGGAUACCCCUGGUACACAACCAUCCAAAUUCCAGCGGCCAUUGUUCACUGUCGAUAGCCAUAUGGGUAAUGAAGGUUUUGCAAUGGAUUGGUCCGUUCUAGACACCGGAAGACUCUUGACUGGAGACAUCGCAAGCAAUAUAUACCUGACCAACCAGACACAAUCAGGCUACAAAGCCGAUAUGAUGCCAUUUAAAGGGCAUACAUCUUCUGUGGAAGAUCUUCAAUGGUCACCUACAGAACGUAAUGUUUUUGCUUCCUGCUCUGCCGAUCAAACUGUCAAAAUUUGGGAUACACGUAACAAGAAGAAGCAUGCUGUAAGCAUCCAAGCUAGCAGCACUGACGUCAAUGUAAUUACUUGGAAUAAGAAGGCAUCAUAUCUACUUGCCAGCGGUGGCGAUGAUGGUAUCUUUAAUGUUUGGGAUUUGCGUACUUUCACAAGCUCCAAGGCACCAUCACCCGUUGCUACCUUCAAGUGGCACAAUGCGCCAAUCACAUCUAUUGAAUGGCACCCCACUGAAGAAUCCAUCAUCGGUGUGGCCGGUGCUGAUGAUCAAAUCUCAAUAUGGGAUUUGUCUGUGGAACCUGAUACCGAAGAAGGCGGCCAGCAAAUUACUGAAGAUGGCGUUGAAAUUCCACCACAGCUCUUGUUCGUCCACCAGGGUCAAUCUGAAAUCAAAGAAAUUCACUGGCACAAGCAAAUUCCUGGAUGCAUGAUAAGCACAGCUGGCACUGGUUUCAACAUCUUUAAGACGAUAUCAGUUUAAAAUCAGGUUUAAAAAAGUAUAGACAUGUAAUAAAACAAGGGAAUAAAAAUAUAUAAAGUACCCUUUGUGUUUGUUGGUGGCAGU